AUGGAUGGUCCUCAGCUGUCUCAGAGCUGUGAACUACCUCUACCCUGCUGUGCUGAUGGGGGGUCACUGUCGAGCGCCAAGGCCCCUCAAGUCAGUGGGGUCAGAGUUCAGCUGGAGAUGCAUGCGCUUUGGCAGCAGUUUGACCAGCUGGGCACAGAGAUGAUUGUUACCAAAGCCGGAAGACGGAUGUUUCCAACAUUCCAGGUGCGAAUCUCCGGGAUGGAUCCUGCUGCUGAAUAUGUCUUGCUUAUGGACUUCAUCCCUGUUGACAAUACAAGAUACAGAUAUGCAUUCCACAGCUCAUCUUGGUUGGUGGCAGGCCGAGCAGACGUUGCAGCCCCAAGCAGGAUGCAUUUCCACCCAGACUCACCCGCCCGUGGAGCCCAGUGGAUGAAGCAGACUGUGUCCUUUGAUACACUCAAGCUUACCAACAACUUGCUGGAUGACAAUGGACAUAUGAUACUGAACUCCAUGCAUCGCUACCAGCCGCGCUUCCAUGUGGUGUAUGUAGAUCCAGCUCCUAACAGCCACUUAAACGCACACAGGAACUUCUGCUCUUUUUCCUUCCCAGAGACCCGUUUCAUGGCUGUCACUGCCUACCAGAACCACCGGAUCACCCAGCUAAAAAUUGCUAGCAACCCAUUUGCCAAAGGCUUCAGGAAUACAGACCCCCAGGACUGGGUAGGUAAUUCCAGGCCCCUGGCAGUGUGGUGUCCACAAGAGGGCAGAACAGAGCCCCUCACCACCAAACCUGGAGAGCACAGAAGCUGGGGCUGCAAGACUUCAACCAGACAGGAGGAACCAGCCCCGCUGAUGGUGGAGCAGUGUGGCCUGUUCCACCACUGUAAAGACUCUGUGGGACUCACCAUGGAGAGCAGAGACGCAGACAGUUUAUUAGCACCUGCUUCCUUCUUCCCUCUCCCUUCCUACUGGGACUGCGCAGGAUCAUCUCAAAGCAGAGACAACCUGCCAUAAAGAAAGAGAAGCAAAGUGACGGACCUUUAACGUACAACACGAGCUCUACAGAGUCACA